AUGGCCCAGUGUCGGACGCUGGUGGCCGCCGCCCUGGCGCUGCUCCUGCCGCUGGCCCUUGCGUGGUACAAGCCAGCGGCGGGACCCCACCACUACUCGGUGGGCCGCGCUGCGGGGCUACUGUCGAGUUUCCACAGGUUCCCGUCCACGCGACGCUCCGAAGCCCCAGCACUGCCCGGCGGAACAGGACCCCUGCGCGGCUUGGAGAUGCGCUCCAGCCUCCGGAGCCUUGCCCUGUGUGUCAAAGACGUGACCCCGAACCUGCAGAGCUGCCAGCGGCAACUCAACAGCCGAGGGACUUUCCACUGUAAGGCGGACGUCUUCUUGUCGCUGCAGGAGGCUGAAUGCCAAAGCGCCUGA